AUGUCACCAACAUCCAUCCUCCGCCUGGCAGCCCGGCAAUGCGCCCGCCCUCCACGAUUCCACGCUCCUAAGCACCUCAUCGCGGCUCCAGCCCGCCCACUGUCCCACUCUGCGAUCCGGGCAUACCCUAGGAAGGACAGCCAGGACAAGGACAGCAUCGACACCGAAGCAACAGAGUACAGCAAGUCCGGCUCCGACGACGCGGCCGCGAGACAAGAGAAGGCUGCGUUUGAUCCCAGCACGACGGAUCCACAGCAGGAGAAGGAGAUUGCGGGGGCGGGCAACGAGGAGUCGGGAAACCCAUUGGAAGUAUCGCCUGCGAAUCCAGAGGUAUCGAAGCAGAGAGGACAGCAGGAGGGUGGUGCUGAGAGCUCUCCGGGAAAGGAGAGGCAGAGCGGAGGGGGGAGCCCGAACAAGGCUAGCAAGCCAUGA